AUGAGCGACUCUCGCCGUCCCCGCCGGCCAGACAGCCGGCAAAUGUGGGACGAAUCAGACCGCCCUCGAAGACCACGGGACCGAGACCGCUUCGAUCGCGAAAGAGACUCGGAUCGCCCGCACCCACGUUCUAGAUCUCGGGAGAGAAGGGGUGGCUACGACGACCGUUCCAGAUCCCCGGAUAGGCGCUAUAGGGAUCGUGGCAGCCGUGGGAGAGGCCGCGGCGGCCAAGACAGGUCCCCCAGAGAUUCUCGCCGCUACGAUGACCGAGAGAGAGACCGACCAAAUGCUCGUCGCAGAUCAGCGUCACCCACCAGCACCAGUCCCCCGCCUUCUUCGACUCUACCAACUCGCUCUCGCACUGAUAAAGCAAACCGAGCUCCUGCUUCUAGCCAUCGUCGCAGUCCCCCACCACGCGACCCGUCCCGAGACGAUACCCCCAUGUCCAACGAAGACGAUGCAGAGCCCGGAGAGGCAGAUGCCGACGACGAUAUGGCUAACAUGCAAGCCAUGAUGGGAUUUGGUGGCUUUGGCACGACAAAAGGCAAAAAGGUAGUUGGCAAUAGUGCCGGGGCUGUAAGGAAAGAGAAGAAGAUGGAGUAUAGGCAAUAUAUGAACCGGCAGGGAGGUUUUAAUAGGCCUUUAAGCCCGGGUAGGUGA